AUGUGCUCAGCUCAAGCCGUAUGUGUCAGUCGCAGGGAUUGGAUUAGCGUAUAUUACGUCAAAAGUAGGCGUGGAUUCCUCUGUCAUAGCCUGCAUCAGCGAUGGGCGACAGGCGUUCAUCACAAGUCCCGCCCCCUGGGGGUGAACGUAGUGAACAUCGAUCAAGUUGGGAGCAGGGUAAAAUUGGAGAAGAAGACAGUAGGAGAAAACUUCGCUCCUGCAGAUAGCGUUUGCACAAUGAGUUGCAUAGACGUAAUGUACCAGCCUUACACGCCAUACUUCCCGUAUACCCAGCGACCUGCCCCUGCAGCUGCGGCUGGGGCAGCCCCUUCCUCCGCACCCGCUGCCUCUGUGUUGGGUGCUGGACCUUUUACAAUGACAGGACCAGCUCCUCCAUCAGCUCAUCCGAUGGCCGAGCAAAAGAAAUUCCUCCAUCACAAGAUGCUCGAACCAUUAGAGCACCUCACCACGGACUAUCAAAGAAACAGAGGAACAGACUGUUCAACACAUUCUCCGGCCGCGUCUUGCACAACAACCGGCAAAGAGGAUGACAAAAAUACUGGAAGUAAUCCCCACGGUGCAGCUGACGCUCAUUAUAUAUCCGCUAACUGUGUUGUCUUUACCUAUUUCACCGGAGACACGUCAGCCAUAGUUGACGAACAUUUUUCCAGGGCCCUAAGCCAACCAAGUAGUUACGGACCAGAUACUGGAGUAAAGUCGUUACUACCUAAAGACGGUCCACCAAUGUCUCAACGUAACUUUCCGCCUUCCUUUUGGAACAGUAACUACCAACCACCACAUCCUAUCUCUGGUCCUACAACCAUGACACCUGGUAAUCAUCAUGAACUGUCUUAUGCCACAGAUCCUUACCACUCGGGGUCGCUUCACCCAGGAAUCCACCAGAACGACCCUUGGCACUACACGUUGUCCUCACAUGCACAAGCCGCUAAUCCUUACUCUCAUCGACCCAUGCACGAACUAACAUACACUGGAAUGCCUUCAGUCCCAACGGGGAACAUGUUUAACCAAUAUGGUUCACUUCUACUUCAACCCUCGAUGAGGUCCUCUCGACUCACCCAUGGAUCAGCACCUUGCGCAAGUCUGGAAAAAACCACGGAUACGUGGGGCACGCCGAGGUACCACGAGCCACUCACGCAUAAUCUUGGACACAUGGAAUCGAAUUACACCGCCACCUAUGGUACAAUGGGAACUAUACCAGCUGUUACUGUUACAAAGUAA